CAUUUGCAAGCCGGCAGGAUAGUUGUUAACGCCAAUUAACUAUCUAAUGAAGCGAGAGUUGACGAAGACUUAAGCUUUAUCAACUACUUCAACUAUAACCUUUUGGAACCUAUAGUAUUUUCGGUGCUUGAUCUAAAUGAUGUCUGCCAGAAAACAGUUUGAACAUCUCAAGAUACAACUGGAAGCUAUACGUUCAGCAACCAACAACUUUGCUCAUGACCAUUUGAUUGGGAUAGGAGGAUACGGGAAAGUGUACAGGGGAGAACUCAUCCUUUCGAAGGGACAUACCACAGUUGCUAUAAAACGUUUAGAUCGUCCAUUUGGAGAAGGAGACGUUGAGUUCUGGAAGGAGAUCAAGACGCUCUCACUUUACAGCCAUGAAAAUAUUGUCUCACUCUUAGGGUACUGUGAAGAUGGCGGCGAGAAGAUCCUGGUAUACGAGUAUUCAUCUAAGAGAAGUGUCGAAUCGCAACUCAGCAGCAAAAACCUGUCGUGGACUCAACGCCUUAAAAUUGCAAUUGGUGCGGCUCGUGGACUUUCAUACCUGCACCAAGGUAGAAUAUUGCACAGAGAUAUUAAAAGUGCUAACAUCUUAUUAGAUGACUCUUGGACUGCCAAGAUCAAAGAUUUAGGUCUAUCCAAAAUUGGUCAUGAUAGCAAACCACACAAGUUAGUUCUUCCUCACGUUAUAGGCUCACUUGGGUAUAUUGAUCCGCAAUAUUUUGAAACGGGGAUACUGACAAAAGAGUCAGAUGUUUACUCCUUCGGGGUGGUGUUGUUUGAAGUUUUGUGUGGGAAGUUGGCUAUUGGGAAAAAUUAUAAGCAUCAACCUUUUCCUCAAUGGGUAGGAGAAUGUUACACAAAGAACAACCUAGAUGAAAUUAUUUAUAAAGAUAUAAAGGUUGAAAUGAAUCCUCGCUCCUUGGAAGAGUUUACAAGAAUUGCAUACCAAUGUUUGAGGGACUUUAAGCAACGUCCAACAAUGAAAGAAGUCCUGGCAAAACUUGAAAGUGCACUCGAUUAUCAAAUCAUAGAAACAACAGUAGGUUAUCAAUGCCUAAAGAGAAGCCGUGAAGAGCGUCCAUUAAUGAAGGAGGUCGUGAGAAUACUUGAAACUGCACUACAAUUUCAAGUUCCACCUCUACCUCCACCUAAACAUAUACCUACAUCUUCACCAUCAAGUUCAAAGAACGGUACUAAUGUGUCACAGCUGACCGAUAAAAGAUCCUUAAAGACCCUACAUUGGGAGAAAACCCGUGCAACAGUAGGAAGUAUAUGGGAUUUGCCUCAUAAACAGGGAAAUCUGUCAAGGGUUCCUGAAAUUGAUAAAAAAAAGCUUGAGAGCCUGUUUUCGGAAGCUUAGCAUAGGCUGGUUCUGAAUAGCUCAAACCGUAAAAAGUUCUUUCCGUUAGUUGACUCAACCUGUGUACCAUAAAUAAUAUACUUCAGUUCUAUACUCCUUUAUGUAACUUGUAUACCUUUUAACCAUAAUACUUCUACU